CCCGACUUAAUAGGGAUGCUGUGCGCAAGCGCCAUCUGCACCUUGCGUGGUCCAAGAGGCUGUGAUGUCAGGGAGACGAUGUGCGCAGGCGCAGUAAACCUUCCGGCGGGCUCUGGGAGGACCUCCCGCCUGGCUCCGCUGCGGAGGACCGGAGGCAGCGGGGGUUACAGUGUGGUUACAAACACAUAUCCGGUUGGCCUCAGCGGCAGAUCCUAUUUGCAAACGGUUGACCUGCGAGAGUGGAUUUCGUCCCGAAGACACCUGCAGAGAGCCACAAUGGAAAAGUCCUGGAUGCUGUGGAACUUUGUUGAAAGAUGGCUGGUAGCUUUGGCUUCCUGGUCUUGGGCUCUCUGCCGCAUUUCGCUUUUAUCUUUAAUAGUGACCUUUCACCUGUAUGGAGGCAUUGUCUUACUUCUGUUAAUAUUCAUAUCAAUAGCAGGUAUUCUGUAUAAAUUCCAGGAUGUAUUGCUUUACUUCCCAGAACAGCCAUCUUCUUCGCGCCUUUAUGUUCCCAUGCCCACUGGUAUUCCACAUGAAAACAUUUUCAUCAGAACCAAAGAUGGAGUGCGUCUGAAUCUUAUUUUGAUAAGAUACACUGGAGACAGCUCACCCUAUUCCCCGACUAUAAUUUAUUUUCACGGGAAUGCAGGCAACAUAGGCCACAGGUUGCCGAAUGCCUUGCUUAUGUUGGUUAACCUCAAGGUUAAUCUGCUGCUGGUCGACUAUCGAGGCUACGGAAAAAGUGAAGGGGAAGCAAGUGAAGAAGGACUCUACCUUGAUUCUGAGGCUGUGCUGGACUAUGUGAUGACCAGACCCGACCUUGACAAAACAAAAAUUUUCCUUUUUGGCCGUUCCUUGGGAGGAGCAGUAGCUAUUCAUUUGGCUUCAGAGAAUUCACAUAGGAUUUCAGCCAUUAUGGUUGAGAACACAUUUUUAAGCAUACCGCAUAUGGCCAGCACUUUAUUUUCAUUCUUUCCAAUGCGUUACCUUCCUUUAUGGUGCUACAAAAAUAAGUUCUUGUCCUACAGAAAAAUCUCUCAGUGCAGAAUGCCUUCUCUCUUCAUCUCCGGACUCUCCGACCAGUUAAUCCCACCAGUAAUGAUGAAGCAGCUCUAUGAGCUGUCCCCGUCUCGGACUAAGAGAUUAGCCAUUUUUCCCGACGGGACGCAUAACGAUACGUGGCAGUGUCAGGGGUACUUCACGGCCCUCGAACAGUUCAUCAGAGACGUAAUGAAGAGUCCUUCUGAGGAGAUGGCCAAAGCGUCAUCCAACGUGACAAUUAUAUGAUGCUUUUCCUUUUCAUUAAUGCACUGUAUUUUAAUUUGUGCAGAAUGAUAAAAAAAAUACUCCUUUCUAGAAGUGUGUUAUGUCUGUACUUGUCUGAAGAGUGACAUUAAACUUUGAAAGGACUUCAGUGCUCCUUUAAAAUGAUCCAAAUAGUUUUUUACAUUUGAAAAACUAUCAUUAUUGGGAUUACUUCAUACAUUUUCAUCAACCUUUUCAGUGUGGUUGUGUAUCCAUAUCUUUAGUUUAAUAUGCUAUUAUAGCAUAUUCAAAAGUUUCUUGUUGCUCAAGAUGUACGUGUAAUCCGUGUGACACUUAGAUUAAUGACUAAGUGUGGAAGGAGACAUGUAAACGAGAAACCUUUGGGUAUUAUUCCUUUAGUAAAUAUUGGGACAAUCAUGGUAGGCAAACUUCAUUCUGUAAUUGCAUUUUUCACCUUAAAAAUUAAAAUGAAAUGCAUGGUGGUAUUUUAUUCUUUGACUUAUGCAAUGCACUGUUUUUAAUGUAAAUAGUACUGAUCAUAUACCAGUGUAUAUGGUAACCUGGGUUACAUCUAUUUUUAUGUAAACUCUAUUUUGUUUUUAGCCAGAAAUGAAAUUGAGGCCUGUGUGCAGGUCACUGUUGACUUUUGCUCUGCUGAAUCCUGAGAUCCAGCCUUUUCUUCAAAAUAAAUGGGACCCCCUUUUCCAGUGUAAAUGUACCAUGUUUUGUUCGGUACAGUCUGGAUCAUGGCAUGUAAAAACAGAAAUUGAGACUUUUACUGCAGCUUUGAUGUGCAUAUUUGAACUUUUUAACAUUUGUAUCAAUAAUUUUGGUGGCAAAAAGAAUUUUAGCUUCUGUCAGUUUUGUAAGUCUACAGCUAAACCACUAAUAGCAGUCAUAAUGAAGAUCAGAACCUGUUUAAGAAUCAAUUAGAAAGUCUUAUUACAUUAUUGUACAUACUGUUUUACAGAAAUUCCUACAUUUGCCUUUUUAAAUCCAAAUAUCUAGGUGGAUCUAUCCCACUGAAGCCAAGGUAGCAUUUAUUGGACUUUCUGAAAAUAGAAGUGACAAAAACUAAAUUAAAUGAAAAUUAUAUUCUUCAGCUUAAUGUUUCAAUUAUAAAAUAGAGGAGCUGCAUCAAAAGACAGCUUUAGGAAGUCUUAUUUAUUCAUUUUCUACAUGUGAGAAUGUGUGAGUGAAAGAACUCUAGAGCUUUUUAUCACAGAACCUAUUACUACAUUUAACCAUUAAAUGGCCGUAAGUGAGAAGUAGUAUUUAGACAUAUAGAAGAGUAAGAAAAAUCUUACUUAAAAAAAGAGCCCCUUAAACUUAAAAGAUUUACCUGAAAAAGCAAGCAGUCCUCAAGAAUUAGAGGUAAUUGAGAUGUGUACAUUAUUACGUCAGCUCUAACGUAUGCUGUUUUGAUUAUUUUAGUUGUAUUUAUUGGCUUUGUGCAAGCAGUUCAGGCAGAGAAAGAAUGGGUCAGUAAUCUUGACCUCAGUCAAAAACUCUUUCCGUGAAGACAGGGCUAGAGACACUUGCCAAAUCACAUUCUUGUCUCUCACUUUCUGUCAGUGUUUAGGAAAAAAAAAAAAAUACAGCAAGUGUGAUUUCUCAAGGAUAAUGUUUUCUAUAAAUUGUAAAAAGUCAUGCUUUAAAAAAAAAAAUUGGAAAUGCAUAUCACGGAAGGUGUAUUUUGUAUGUAUAAAUUCACGACAAUUAAAGGCUGCUUUCACCCUGUCAAUCAUUGCUGUGUAGAAUGACUAUCCCAGAUAGUAAUACAUUAAAAAGAAAGAAGACACAAAAAUGUAGUUUAUCUAGACAUGAGCUUACCCAGACUUGUGUCAUUUUUUAGCGUUUACAAAGUGCAUUAUGUUUUCUUGUGAUCAUUUAGUACACUGGGGAGCAAUUUAUCAACUUUAGUUAUAAAUACUAUACUGAUGAAGCAUAAAAAGCUUUUUCUUCAUCAGUGUUUAAUGCUGCUGUUUUUCUUAGUACUUCAGGUUUAUUUGUUUGUUUUUUUUAGCAACCUCCCCACCCCCUUUUUUUGCACCAGGACUUCAGAAGUUGCAUGUAUCCCAUUCCUAUCUUCAUUUUUCUCUUUGGGUUGAGGACCCUUUCUGCAGCAAAGGGGAGAGGUUGUGUCUAGGGCUGUAGUAUUUGAAUCUUUCUUUCCUAGCUUCUUCCUGUAUUUGAGACUAUUUCCUUAGAUGGGAAACAGGUAGAAGACAAACUCCUGUUAUCAGGGGUUCAUGAAGCCCGUGGCAUCAUUUUUUUUUUUUUUUUUUAAACAUCUAAUUUUGUGGCUAAAGCAACUGGUCAAUAAAACAUGAAUUCAUGAGUCACACCUUCAUUUUGGACUCAUCUCUUAGCGGGUAUAGGCUUGUGUCCAUCCUGUUUAUUAAUUUCUGUCUCAUUUAUGCAAGAGCAGCUGUAGGAGUUUUUAACUGUAAUUUGGAAAUCCUAGAGUGAUUUUUAACAUGGAAGAAUGAAAUUCAUUGAGAUCAAAAUCCAUUAUUUUAAAAGGGAUUAUUGGAAGUAAAAUGGCGAAGAGUAUCCUAAAGAAAGAAACUGCAAAAUACAGGAGGAAAUCAUUCCUAACAGAUAGAAGAAUACUGACAAGAUAGGAACAACUGGAAAGGUAAAUGUGACAUAUUGUCCCUAAGGUUAGAUCUAGGAUGUCAUUAGCUGCUGAGGUUGGUGAAAAGGAAGCAGAACAUGUGAAUGCAAGGCAUUUCUAACAGAGAAGGCAGCUGGAGCACCUGUUAACUGUAUCUACCCUAUGUUUUUGCAAAUACUUUGUAAAACUGGUAUUUUCAUUAAAAUGGUAUUCUGAAUUUUGUUAUGGGGCAGCUUAAGUUUAUUUUUUUCGUGACUAGACAGUUGAUAAUAACCUGUGUUCCACCUUUGUGUCACCAGAUUAAUGAUACUGUAAUACUUGCUGAGAAUUCAUGCCACCCGAUGCUUUCAUACUCAUUUCUUACGAGUAGUUUAUAACAUUUGGCUUGAGAUGGGUCUGGGCUUGUUUGGUGGACUUAAUGAAGGCCAUAUUCAAUUUUAUAUAAACUAUCAUGCAAGCCCGGCCAAAGUGUAGUUUUUGAUUGAGUCCCUUCCUUGAGGUUAGGAGUAAAUAUGGUAAGUCUUAAAAAGGGAUGUCACGGACAUCCCUUUUUAAAUUAGGUCGUGAUUGAGAGAGACCCCAAACCUCCACUGACCUUCCCCCUCUCUGUUUUUCUUAAUAUGUUUGACUGCAGUUACAGAGAAAGAAACGUGAAGAGUACUUUUGGAUUAUCCGCUUAAAUUUAUUUUCAUAUCACUCAGGUAAAGUUGUGAAUGACAGAGCACAGACAUCUAUUUUUUAAAUCAGAGUAGAAAAUAAAAAGUACUUCUGUUAACUUAUAUUGCCAUAUAUGCACAUCAUCUUAGCUAAUCAGAAAUAGUGUAUUCAUUUGUGUGGCGAAAUAAAUGCAUUCAUUCUAAUAGUAGUCAACACAUUUUUGCCAGAUGGCGCAAAUAUACCUCCAUUUACAUUUUGUUUCUCAAAAAUGUAGUUUAACAAUAGGACUGUGUUUAAGAGACGCUUUUAUGAGAAGUGUCAUAUAUACGUAUGUGACAGGGAUGAGUGUAUGUUGAACAGUUUCUGUCAGUACACCAUAUGCUGAAAAUUCAAGUUGUUUUCAACCUAUUCAAAUACAUUCAGGAUAAAAUAAUCCAGUUUCAGAAUGUAAAUCAUAUUUUGUUAUUUGCCAUAUUUUAUUUGAAGCCGUAAUAAAAUUUUAUAACUCA